AUUUCAUCCUUGCUCAAUCGCUUCAUCCACCGACUACAUCAAAGCUCUCUCUCACUCUCAUACAGAAAUCUUACACGCACUCACAUAGCGCGCCACUGAACCGAUCCGCACGAACAAGCCUCAUUCAAGGCGCCUAGUCCAUACGGACUUCAUCAUUCAGAGAAGAUCAAAAACGCCUCGCUCGUUUCCGACGGCUCGACCGGCCUUGCCUCACUCCAGUCUCUCUCUCUCACUCACCAUCACUACCAUCCCGAAUCAUGGCUCCUAAACGCGCCACUGAGGGCACAUCCUCAAAAGACCACCAAGUCAAGAAGCGCAAGGGCUUCGGACCAAAUACCCUACCCGAGGGCCCAUGGCGUAGAAAGGGUAAGGAAUAUGACCCGAACCUCACUCCUUUGAAGACUAUCCACUAACCUUCUCACAGUCGAAAAGAAGAAAAUCGAGCUCAUCCACAAGGCCAAGAUCAAAAAGGCCUACGCAAAGAUCAAGGAGCGUGAGCUCGCUUCCCGGGAAACCCCCUCCUCCUCAACUGCUCAGCAACCCGCCACCAAUGUCACCGCCGCAACCGUAGCCGCUCUGACAAAGGACAUCUCAAGCGAAGAUGAGCUCGACUCCCUCCAGGACCCCUCCAGCAAGACGGGUUCUCCCGUGCCCACUGCAGCAGCA